ACAACGAAGUCAAAUGAGGCCAUUGCUCUAAAUUAUGUUCGGUCUUUUCUUGGCCAUUGUUUUGUGUGUCGUAUUGUUAUCUUAGCUAGGAAUCACAAACUAUAAUUUAUCUUGCAUCGGCACGCUCACAUGACAUGAAAAGAGGUGAGGAAUUGUAUAAGUGGUGCAAUUUUAUCUUAUAAAUGAUAUAAAAAAAAAAUGAAUGUAGAAGAGGAAGGGAAAUGAGAGGUUGUGGAUGAAAAGAUGAAGGUGGGUCAUAGUCUUAUCAUAUAACCAAAGAAGAGGUGGGCAGUUAGUUGGGUGAGGGAAACACAGUUCAAAUUUCAGCCCCAUACUUAUUGGACUACACACAGUCACACACACAGCAACACUGUUUGAAGUCGCACUCACCUCACAAACAAGCAUGGCAAGGAUGGUGGCACUCCAACAGAACCAACUAUCUUUCUCUCCCUUAGCUUCCUCUCUUUCUGAUUUCAGUGGAACCAGACUUCAAACUCAAAUUCAGUUGAAAAGAAAAAUAUGGCAGCCAAAAGGGUCUUUUUAUGUCUCGGCAUCAAGCACCAAGAAAAUCCUCAUAAUGGGAGGCACCAGGUUUAUUGGAGUGUUUUUGUCUAGGCUCCUUGUCAAAGAGGGUCACCAGGUGACUUUAUUUACAAGAGGUAAAGCGCCUAUUACUCAACAAUUGCCAGGUGAAGCAGAUAGUGAUUAUGCUGAUUUUUCUUCCAAGAUCUUGCAUUUGAAAGGAGACCGGCAGGACUUUGAAUUUGUAAAAUCCAGUCUCUCAGCAGAGGGGUUUGAUGUUGUUUAUGACAUAAAUGGACGAGAGGCAAAUGAAGUUGAGCCCAUAUUGGAUGCUCUGCCUAAUCUACAACAGUUUAUUUACUGCUCUUCUGCUGGUGUCUAUCUCAAAUCUGAUCUAUUACCUCACGCUGAGAUUGAUGCAGUGGAUCCGAAGAGCAGGCACAAGGGAAAGCUUGAGACAGAGAGCUUGCUGCAGUCAAGGGAUGUUAAUUGGACUUCUAUAAGGCCAGUCUACAUCUAUGGACCUUUGAACUACAACCCGGUCGAAGAGUGGUUCUUUCACAGAUUGAAAGCUGGUCGCCCAAUUCCUAUCCCUGGCUCAGGAAUACAGAUAACCCAACUUGGUCAUGUUAAGGAUUUGGCAAGAGCAUUUGUUCAGGUUCUUGGUAAUGACAAGGCCAGCAAGCAAGUAUUCAACAUCGCGGGAGAUAAGUAUGUCACGUUUGAUGGAUUAGCAAGAGCAUGUGCAAAGGCUGGUGGGUUCCCAGAGCCAGAAAUCAUUCACUACAACCCCAAAGAGUUUGAUUUUGGGAAAAAGAAACCAUUUCCAUUCCGUGAUCAGCAUUUCUUUGCAUCAGUUGAGAAAGCAAAGAGCGUGCUUGGUCUUGAACCUGAAUUUGACCUUGUAGAAGGUCUUGCAGACUCGUAUAACCUGGACUUUGGUAGAGGAACAUACCGGAAAGAGGCUGAUUUUUCAACAGAUGACAUAAUUCUUGGCAAGAGUCUUGUUAGUGUAUAAACUCUUCUUUCAAAAUUAAGUAUUUCACAUAUAAAUUAAAAAAUGUUCCAAGUUUGCUACAACAUAAAAUUGUGAAAUAUUCAUCAGCUAGCUUUUUGUUCAUCAAUUGAAUAAUAAAUAAACGGUAUUUCUCACAUGUAUCUAAGAACAUAUAAUAAGAAAAUAACAAUCGUUAAACUUUUUAUUAAGUAUUGUAACAGGUGCAUUAAAUUUUAUGAUAUCUUAUAAUUUUU